AAUUGGAUAGUUUAAAUAUUUUUUACAACAUAUUUGAUGUUAGGUAGGUAAAUAUAAAAUUAUUUAUUAUUGAUUACUUAACACCGUAAAUAGAUAAGGUAUUAAUAUUUUAUAAUACUAUUAAAUUGUGAACUGGUGAGUACUUCAGAUUAAAAGACGUUCCCUUAAAGUCAUCUGAUCCAAUAGAUUUCGAGAUGUCCAGAAAACGAACAAGAAGUCAUUCAGAAGAAAUGAAUUCCCCGCGUUUGCCCUUACAAUUACCACACUUGUCAUCGCAUUGUGGACCAGCGCUUUUCAGCGAUGAGUUGGAAGCGUAUAGGAUCAGAGAAGCAUGCGAUUAUGCUCAAAAAAUUACAUACGAAGUGGCGAAGUGUGGGAGAUCACCUAGGCGAAUAAGAGUCUACGCUGACGGUAUUUAUGAUUUGUUCCAUCAAGGCCAUGCUAGGCAGCUAAUGCAGGCUAAAAACGUUUUUCCUAAUGUCUAUCUGAUUGUUGGCGUUUGCAGUGAUGCGUUAACGCAUAGCCAAAAAGGUCGUACUGUUAUGAAUGAGGAAGAAAGGUAUGAAGCUCUCAGGCAUUGUCGUUACGUCGACGAAAUUGUUAGGGACGCCCCCUGGGAAGUGACUGAAGAUUACAUUAAAAAACACAAAAUCGACUUUAUCGCCCAUGAUGAUCUACCUUAUGGCUCAGAUAGCAGCAACGAUAUCUAUGCCCCUUGGAAAGCUAAAGGAAUAUUCGUAGCGACUGAAAGAACUGAAGGUGUGUCGACAUCAGAUAUAGUUGCACGAAUAGUAAGAGAUUACGAUAUAUAUGUAAGGAGAAACUUGGCGAGGGGAUAUUCCGCCAAAGAUUUAAAUAUUUCCUACCUCAGUGAAAAGAAGAUAAGGUUGCAGAAUAAAAUGCACGACCUAAAAGAUAAAGGAAAAAGAGUUCUUGAUACCAUAGGUGAACGGAAGGGUGACAUAAUCGCUAAAUGGGAAGAAAAAUCUAGGGAAUUCAUCGAAAACUUCUUACUGCUUUUUGGACGUGAAAGAUUAACCAACAUUUGGAACGAAAGCAAAGGAAAAAUUUUGAGUGCUUUAAGCCCGCCCGUAUCUCCGCAUCCCCCUGCCAGUCCAACGUCCAGCGAAGGAGAGUUUGAUUUUUCGGAGGACGGUAUGCCCCCUCUCAAAUCACCACGAGUCGAGUCCCCUUCGCCUCCUUCUUCUUCGUCCGCGUCGAGAAAUAAUUAUUACAGUGUGGAGGAUUAUAGCGACGAGGAAGAGAUUUCAUUGCCAAUAAAAAAUGGAAAAUUAUAAUAUUGAACGGGUGUCUUAGUUGUUUAAAAUCGUUAGUGCUUGUUGAAUGUGAUGCUGUCUUGGUUUCUCAUUUUUACAAUAUAAUCUUUUUUGAAAAGAAAACGUAUUAUAUCCUGCAGCCAAAAAGUUUAAUACCAACUUUAAUAAAAUUAUUCAUAGAUCGGUAUUUUACAUCGACAAUAUACAAGUUUUUAGAAUAUACUGGUCAACAAGUCACUAAUGACACGUGCUUGUGUAUUCUUAGUAAAACCGAAGCGUAGUAAUACUAUAGAAAUUAUUUAUUCACACCAGGUAUAAAUUUUAGAAGUCAUUCGUAAUAAUUAACACAAAAUAAUUAACGUAAAAUAAAAUGUAUAUACCAAAGUAAAAUGGUUACCCUACAUCGCUGUUUCUGAUUUUUGUUUCAGUUCAGUUUUUUACAGUAAAAUGCAGCAAAAUUGUCCCAAAAUUCGCGUUUCCUAAAUAAAUGUCAACUUUGUGCAAGUAUUGUUUUUUAGUUUUGCUUCGAUUAUAUCCCUAUGAGAACAACGUAUCAGAUCCAAUUUUUAAACAGUUUUGAAAAAUAUGUGGACUCGUAUCUAGUUGGGAUUGAGAAUUUUAAAUUUAGAGUUGAAGUUACCUGGAGUAGGUACAUCCUUGUUCCAGCAACUAAAUUUGCCAAGAAAAUAUAUAGAACCUGUGUUUAGUUUAGGUACGUUACGUUACCUACGGUAGGUCUCUAUCAGAAUAACUAAACUGAUUAUUUUGAGAAAUUUGUCAAAUGGCUAGGCAUAAACUUACAAUUCAGUGACAGAGGAAUGUUGCUUUCGUGAAAUAAAGUAUUAAUUUUAUCGGAUACAUCCUUCCAAUCAUAAAUCAAUCCGUCUGAUUUCACAAGCCAUUUUCAAAAUAAUUUCUUUCUCGAAUCAUUUUACUCGAAUUUGCCAUUACUCAUUUCUGCAGUCAACAAAUAAUGCGUAUUUUAUUCAUCUAGGAAUGGCACCUUCAUACUGUAGUAUAAAGGUGCCAUACCGUUCUUCACUCUUUCCAUAUAGUGGUCAUUUUCUUAGUAUUUGAAAAUCAGUGUGCUGAAACCACUGCGCCUCUUGUUGUAGAAGAUUCAAUAGCCUUUGUAUUUGUGUUUUCCUUUAUAGAAAUUUUUUUCUGCUGGUUUGUUUUAACUUGUUUUGGUUGGAUACUAUCAUCUUCUUCUUCAUCCAGUUACUUCCAUCCAGACCUUCUUUUCCAGUUACGUUUUUUCCAGCGAUACUUCGUCCGGUAACCUCGUACCGGUAACCGGUAACUUCGUCCACUAUAACUGUUCGUAAUCUAUCGUACAACAUUCUCAAAAAAAGAUUCUUCAAAAAGUGAAACCAGAUACUGCUAUGUCACGGGUUGAUAUUUUUGUCGCUAGUUUAAGUUAUAGCGUGUAUAUUUUUCCAACUUGGACUUACUUGCCCUAAUUUAUAAUAUUGAUUUUAUUAUUUUUGAUACGCUUGUGUUAAGCUAUCUUUCUAAAACACAAAUUUAGAUCAUUAACUCUUAUAUAAACAAGAAGACUAUUAACAGAUCGACUUUAAUCAUGCAAUUCAUCUCAAAGAAAAAAAAGAAAUGUUUGGGUUCAUUAGUAAGCUAUGUUGACUGUCUAAUAAGAAAUAAUAAUUUAUUUUUCUCCAAUUUCAAUAGAAGUAACCACCUCUCUUCUUUUAGUACUAGUCCAAGAGGCAGCGCUGAAAAAUCUCUUUGAAUUUACUAAAGCUAGAUUUUUCACAGUUGAUUACUGUGAUUGUGUAGAGAAACAUACUGCGGUCGGUCAAGCGAAACGUAGAACAGGGGUUACUGAGAGGGUAUCAAAAUUGCUUUCCUACGAAGGUAAUUAAAUCCAUUUACUAAGGCUGAAAAUCAGUACACACAUUCUAAUUUAAUUGAUGCUUCCGAAGUCAAACGGUGUAAGUCACAUUCUCCCUAAAAAUGACUUAUGAGAUGUAGCACAUAUUAUUACACCACAUUCACAUAGCAAAUUCCCAACUAUAAACAAACGCACGUGUUACUAUUCGCCCGCUCAUUCGUCAAGAGACUAUUAAAUCUAAUUUAUUGCCAUAAACGAGGCGGAUUCUCAUUUUACAGAUCCAAACUGGUCAGUGUGCAAAUUCAAAUUGUAGGUAACGUGUUGGCUUUUAAGAUACACUUCAGGACGACCCUGUUUAGCUUCCAUGCGCGUUUGUUUACAGUUGGGAAUAUGUAAACUGAAUGGACUGUAUAUGUAAUAAUAUUAUAAUUUCCUUGUUUGUAUUUAUGAAUAUAUUACCCAUAAUAUGAUAAAUAAAGACGGUUUAUUUGUUUUUAAUAACUACUUAUAUUUCUGCAACUACUUUCAGAAACAUCUUAGUAUCUCAUUUUAAACACUUACACCGAUUGGCUUCUGAGGCAUCGAAAUAUAAAUAAGUUAUUAUAGUCGGUCGGCCCCAGUGAAUGUACAGGGUUAUUCACUAUAUUUUGAUCCCCUUGUAAACUGCUUUAUUUACAGAAUUAGAAAAAAAUGUAAAAUACAAAUUUUAUUCGAUUUUUAAAUUAUGAUUUUUUGACAUAUAUAUCGUAGUAGUGACGUCAUCCAUUUGGGCGUGAUGACGUAAUCGACUAUUUUUUUUAAUAUGAAUAGGGGUCGAAUGCUAGCUCAUUUGAAAGGUUAUUCAAUUCCCUAUUCAGUAAUAUAAACAUUAACAUGAUUAAUUAUACAGGGUGUCCAAAAAAAUUGUUUUUAAAUCAAUUAAUUGUUUAAUAAUAAUUAAAACAAAAUUUUGGACACCCUGUAUAAAUAAUGAUCUUAAUGUUUAUAGUACUGUAUAGAGAACUGAAUAACCUUUCAAAUGAGCAAGCACACGACCCCUAUUCUCAUUUAAAAAAAUAGUCGAUUACAUCAUCACGCACAGAUGGAUGACGUCACUAUUACGAUAUAUAUGUCAAAAAAUCAUAAUUAAAAAAUCGAAUAACUUUUGUAUUUUACAUUUUUUCUAAUUCUGUAAAUAAAGCAGUUUACAAGGGGGUCAAAAUAUAGUGAAUAACCCUGUACAUUCAUUGGGGCCGACCGACCGGCUCUGUCCCGUCAUACAGCUGACCGACUAUAAUAACUUUUAUUUAUAUUCAAUUUAGAAUGUGUGUACUGAUUUUCAGCCUUAGUAAAUGGAUUUAAUUACCUUCGUAGGAAAGAAACUUUGAUACCCUCUCAGUAACCCCUGUUCUACGUUUCGCUUGACCGACCGCAGUAUGUUUCUCUACACAAUAACAGUAAUCAACUGUGAAAAAUUUAGCUUUAGUAAAUUCAAAGAGAUUUUUCAGCGCUGCCUCUCCGUCUAUACCUUGUCCGAUUAUCGAACGUUGGCGAUCGUAUUGGCAAUAAAAUAAUACCUUUAAUAUUGUUCUGAACUUAUUUGCUUGUGAUAUAUUAAUGAAAUUUAGUAAUUUUGUUGGGAAUAAGCCACAAUUUUACUUUAAAAUUGUUUGACGUUUCGAUUUCUACUUCGGAAAUCUUUCUCAGUGUUUUGUAUUUUGAGAACGAUUUCCGAAGUGGAAAUCGAAACAUCCAAUCAUUUUAAAGUAAAAUUGUGUUUUAUUCCUAACGAAAAAAACAAAAUUACAAUAAUAAUAACUUGUCUACUGCAACUAUGAUGUAUGUCUCUUGAUACCACUCUGGGUGAUUUCGGAGCCAAGAUGUUCUGCUUCGGUCUGGUCCUCUUCUUUUGAAGACCUUGCCCUGUAUUAUGAGGUGUAGAAGUUUUUACCUCUCUGAAUAUGUCAUUACAUGGCCGAAAUAUAACUUUCGAAUUUUUAUUGGUUUUAUUAUUUCUGUGAUCGUUUUCAUUCGUUGUAAAACUAUUUAAGUUCUUAUUUGAUCAACCCACCUUAUCCGCAAUAUUCGUCGGUAGAUCCACAUCUCACAGGCCUCCAUUUCUUUCAUUAGUGUCUCUGUAAGCGUCCAGCUCUCCAUGCCAUACAGCAUUGUGGAGAAUAUGUAGCAGCGUAUUAAUCUGAUUUUAAGGUCUAAUGUAAAAUCUCUAUUAAUGAGAAUUUUCUUUAGUUUAUAGAAGGCAGCUCUGGAUUUUCGUAUUCGUAUUUAUUUGUUUAUAUCCCAGUUAUCGUUAACGUUGGCGUCCAAAUAGGCUAUAUUGUGGACUCUUUCUAACUGUUCGAUUCGCUCUGAUUUUCAUUGCUUCUAACUCCGUUUUGCCUACAAUCAUAAUAGUCCAAGAGGCAGCGCUGAAAAAUCUCAUUGAAUUUAUUAAAGCUAAAUUUUUCACAGUUGUUUACUGUGAUUGUGUAGAGAAACAUACUGCAAUCGGUCAAGCGAAACGUAGAACUGGGGUUGACUGAGGGGGUAUCAAAGUUGCUUUUCUACAAAGGUAAUCUGAAGGUAAGGCUGAAAAUAGUACACACAUUGUAAAUUAAAUAUAAAUAAAAGUUAUUAUAGUCGGUCAGCUGUAUGUACAGGGUUAUUCACUAUAUUUUGACCCCCUUGUAAACUGCUUUAUUUACAGAAUUAGAAAAAAAUGUAAAAUACAAAAGGUAUUCGAUUUUUAAAUUAUGAUUUUUUGACAUAUAUAUCGUACUAGUGACGUCAUCCAUUUGGGCUUGAUGACGUAAUCGACUAUUUUUUUUUAAAUGGGAAUAGGGGUCGAGUGCUAGCUCAUUUGAAAGGUUAUUCAAUUCCCUAUUCAGUAAUAUAAACAUUAACAUGAUUAAUUAUACAGGGUGUCCAAAAAUUUUUUUAAAUUAAAUUAAUUGUUUAAUUAAUAAUUAAAAAAAGAAUUUUGGACACCCUGUAUAAAUAAUGAUCUUAAUGUUUAUAGUACUGUAUAGAGAAUUGAAUAACCUUUCAAAUGAGCAAGCACACGACCCCUAUUCUUAUUUAAAAAAAUAGUCGAUUACGUCAUCACGCCCAGAUGGAUGACGUCACUAGUACGAUAUAUAUGUCAAAAAAUCAUAAUUAAAAUAUCGAAUAACUUUUGUAUUUCACAUUUUUUUCUAAUUCUGUAAAUAAAGCAGUUUACAAGGGGGUCAAAAUAUAGUGAAUAACCCUGUACAUUCAUUGGGGCCGACCGACCGGUACUGUCCCGUCAUACAGCUGACCGACUAUAAUAACUUUUAUUUAUAUUCAAUUUAGAAUGUGUGCACUGAUUUUCAGCCUUACUAAAUGGAUUUAAUUACCUUCGUAGGAAAGCAACUUUGAUACCCUCUCAGUAACCCCUGUUCUACGUUUCGCUUGACCGACCGCAGUAUGUUUCUCUACACAAUCACAGUAAUCAACUGUGAAAAAUUUAGCUUUAGUAAAUUCAAUUAAAUUUUUCAGCGCUGCCUCUCCGUCUAUAAGUUUUGUCAUAUCAAAAUUAAGUUUUAACCCAUAUUCAACAGAUGUUUCGGUCACCCUGUUUAUAAGUCUUUGCAACUCUUUUUCAUUGGAGGCCAGCAGUACCUUGUCGUAUACGUAUAUGAGUAACAACUUUUUUAAGUGUUCAAUAUCUCGUUACAUCGUAUUAAAUUAAAAAGGUAAAAAUCAAAAUGCUCAAAAAUAUGUCAAAACAAUCACACAAUACAAAAUCGGGAUCUGUACUUUUAAUAAAAUAUUACAAAAGAUUCAUAAUAAUUUAAAUUUAAAACAGAUAAUUUAAAUUAUUUAUUAUCAUUUACAGUGCAUAUGUGUUGAUAGCUUGCUCUGUAUAAUUUAGCAUUUUUUGUGGCAACGUAUAGUGAAUUAAGUUUUUACAUAUAUGUUGUAUAUUUUAAUAGAAAUUACCUUUAAAAGUAGUUAUAGCAAAUCAAUCAUUAGGCUAAACGUUCGGUAACCAACGCAUUUGCGGCAUCAAGACGAAUGUAUAGAAAAUGGUAUAAGUACUGUAUUGUAUAGUUAAAUAGUAACAUAUUUUAACUAGUAUUUUUUGUAUUAAGAUUUAUAUCUGGUGUUAGUUUACUGUGAUCGACUACUCUAUUUAAGAACGUAGUUUAUUGUAUCGGCAAAAGAUAAAAAAAUAUGCCUUUUUGGGAUUUAGCAACAUUCCUUGAAGGAUUUUGCGUUUGUUGCCAGUUAUUUAUUUUUAUUAAUCAUACUGUGCCAAAAACUAAAAUAGUUCCGAAAAUGUUAGUUAUUAUCAUUAAGAAAUUAUUAGGUUUUGGAUUUAAUAGGUAUGAUACAUAUCUAAAAAAUAUUAAAACUCAUCAUGUUUAUUAUCAAAAACGAAACACUGCAUAACAUCAUUUUUUUAAAUUGUUUUCAAAAUGGUUUCCUUGUUAAGGUUAUCUUAUUUUUUUUCCUUCGCUCGUUCCCGAUGACGGAGUUGAUCAAGACUAUGACUCCAGUUGUAUAAGUACCCAAGUUGUAGUAUGCAACCAUGAAAUUUUUAGAAAUUCCUUUGUUUUCGUAUGUUGGCCAUUUUAUUUCACUGUUUUGAGGAUUUCACAUUCGUUCCUUAUUUUGUUUAAAAACUCGAUCUAGAUGACCUUAUAUUUAAAAUAGACUAAAAUUUAAUGCAAAUCUAGAUUGCAGUAGUUCUUACUCAAAAUUGGAAGUAAAUACCAGGGAAAUCAAAAAGUUUCAUGCCAAUCUUCAGGAAUUUGAUUUUAGAAGGAUUCUAAUACCUGUUCUUGUGGUAUGUUAUAUAGUUCCUCUAGGGAUUUUUCUUUGAUGUUUCCAACCCAGUCAAACCUCUACAUUUUCAAGGAUCUUAUCAUGGGAUAAGUCAAUAAGGCUAGGUCAGGGGGAUAGGGGAACUGAGAGCUGAUAUUAUUGCUAUUUUUUAUGCAGUAAUCUCAAACUAGCAGCGCAGACUCAACUGGUGCGUUGUCAUAGUGUGAUAUUCACUCCCUACCUCGCCACAGCUUCGGUCUCUUUCUUCAGAGUUGCCAGAUUGGGGUAUUCCCCCCCCCCCCCAUUUUUGGGGUAAUUUGAAAGCGUCUGUAAUUUUAACGGGUAAUAAUAACGGGUCCGUAAUUUAGGUAAUUUUAACGGUCAUGGUAAAUUAAAUUUGCGAAUAUACAUAGAAAGAACUAUAUCGCACCUCCGCUCAAAGAGUGUCAUAAGUCAAAAAAGCUAAAUUUCGAGAAAACGACGUUUAAAGUUUGUCCUACAACAUUUUCGGGUUUAAUUCAAAAACUAUUAAAAUUAGAAUAAUAACAACUAUUUCAGUCAGUUACAAUGGUUUAUGGAGGCUCUAUAAAAUAGCAUACCUAUUAGUCAUAUAAAAAAUAUUAAAAAAAAAUUUUUUUUGUUGUGACACUUGAAGUACAGAAUUUAAUAUCAUUAUUAUUAUCUGGUUAACAGACUUAUACUUUUUAAUGAUGUAACUUUAAAUACAAGUAACAACAUUAAACACAAAAUACUGCAAAAAGAAAGAUAAGUGAUAAAUGUGUCACUUUUCUUGAGCACAUACGCAGAUUGUUUUGAAUAAAGUAAUCACAUAUUAUACUGUCUUAACUCGACAAACGACGCUUUAUACACAUCUUAGAUGAACAAACGCUUUGCACAAAUCGAUAUGUGACACUGUUUGUGUUCGGUGCGUCAUUGAUUUUGGAUAAUCUUAUAAUGACACUAGUGUCAUCUAACGAUAAAUAUUGACCCAUAGACGUGACAUUUUGUGAGAUAGAAGUUUAUACAUCGUUUUAUUAAACUGUUGGUGCAAUAAAAUCGAUUUUAAAAUUUUUUGAGUUAUGACACUCUUUGAGCGGAGGUGCGAUAUAUUCUACACUCAUAUAAUCGAAGACGAUAAAGCCUAUGAAUUAUUUCAACGCCCUCUGUUGAUAAGUAGUAUAACUUUGGUUUACUGUUCUCUACAUUUGACUACUACUAAUUCAUUAGCUUUGUUCGCGGAAACAGUUCAUGACUGUUUUCUGACUGAUUCGCAUGCGAAAUUCCGUUUUUAGGCGCUUGAAAAUGGAACUGCGCAUGCGUAUUAGUCAGAAACCAGUUGUGCACUGUCUCCUCGAACAAAGCUAUUAAAUUGCGGUACAAAUUUAAAUUAGUGGGAUUUGAGCUUCAAUUUGGGGGAAUUUCAAUUUAAAAGUGUGGGAUUUAGAAAAUCACAUCUGGCAACUCUGCUCUUCCUUCGCACAGCCUCACUAAUUUUCCAGCGUUUGAAGGCAACAAAAACAUUUCAUCCCGUAGAAUAAAAUCGUAGUCAACAAUAUCCUUAUGUCCGAUUUCAUCUGCCGUGCUUGCUCUGCUGACUUACAUUGAUAACAAUGGAAGUCAAGAAUUUAUUGGAGGAAUCUCUAGAGAGCUCCUUUAUUUUUACAUCAUAGCCGUCUACCCAAAUAUAUUACACCACCUUUAUUGAUAUAUAAAGUAAAUAUAUUUUAUUCAUUAAGUCUCAAUCACCACCUUUGGUGGUGAUGCGUUUCAAAAAGCUUUUUAUCAACAUUUAUCAUUUUAAGAAGUUACUGAGUCUGAGUUGAUUUCACUCUAAUGCCCGACUUUGAAUAAAAUUUGUGUUUAGUUUACACACAAAUUUUAUUCAAGGUCGGUCUUGAGACUCGACUAUAAAUACGGGCACUAGAUCAACAGCCUGUCAUUCAUUCCUAACCUCCUCUUGUAACGUUUAAAAAAUUUAGUUAGAAGUAGUAACACAAAAAUAAAACCUUGUACAAACCCGUCACUCUCUAUUUAAUUAAACUCAUUUUAAUAAUACCAUUGCAAAGACGAAAGCAAUUAAGCAUCUGAAUAUAAAAAAAAACAGAAAAGUUGUGUCUGUCACAUUAAACAAGGCGGCCAACCUCAAUACGCCAUGUUGCGACGUUGCCAGGUAAUUCAAACGUCAUGAAAUUAGAUCAUCCUCGUAAUAGGGAACUUGUACAUUUUUUUUAUUACAUAAUAAUGUCCAGUUUUGUAUAAAAAUGAGAUUUUGAAAAUUUCACGCUUCAAAAACUCAUAAUAACUUAGAAGUACAAAUUUAAAAGUCUUCUGUAUUUUAAAAUAGUUCAAACGACCCGUGACGUCACAUAGUUUAACCAUAUGGUUCAGUUUAUGGUUAUAUUUAGGUAUAUUCUUCUGCUUCUUCUUUAGUUUAUUGGCCUCCACCUACUUGGGUAUUUGGCCAGCUCGUCGUCGCGGAAUAAAGGAAAAAUAUUUAAAUUCUAAUGACAUUUAUCGUAUGUCUUUUUAAUAAUAUAUACCAGUUUUUUGAGAUUGGAGUUUGAUAUAGUUAUUGAAGGAAAGGAAAGAAGGUUUACUAUGGAAAAUAAAACCAUUUUGUAAAAGUACAUAUUUUCUAUGAAUAGUUCAAACGAUCAAAAAUACUUGUAACGUCACAUAACUGCAUUUUCUACUGGCGUUUAUAAUGUCUAAUUUAAAUUUAUAUACAAUUUUGUUUACUUUGUUGGUUCAGAAUGUAAACAUAUAGCCCGAUGACGUCACGACGCGUUUUGGGCUGGCUGAUAUCAUUUGAAUUUUUAAUCGUCUUUAGGGGCCAAUCGAAAAAGAAACAAAACUUUUUUAUCUUUGAUACAUGUUUUAAAUUAUGUUCUGUUGUGAUUUAUAGCAUUUUUUUCGAAUUUAAAAUUUUAUGCAAGUUCCCUAUUGUCUGGGGACUUUCUUUUUCUGAUGUCUGAAGUUUAUUUUUGCUCUUUGCUAAUAACGGAGUUUAACAUUUGACAGGAAAUUACACGGUCGUCUUCUUUCUAGUCUAAUAAUAUUAUUAUAUACAUUAUUAUAAUACUUAUACAUGUAAUUCUAUACAUAAUUAUACAAACUGUGUGGUAACAAAAACUAAACUUCUCACAGUUAAAAAUUAUUUGAAAGUAUUUUCUGAAAGAUAAUUUUAGUAGGAAAUAACUUAACCAAAUAAUAAUAUAUAGGAAUAAAUAAACCAAAGAUCCUUAAAGACUACUUAACUCUAAUAUUUUUAUCCCUUUCAACGAAUUGUUGCUAAAUUCUUUAUAGUUUGUUCUCUGCAUGCUUGCUGUUAACAAAUUAUUGCCUUACCUAUUAAUUGUUAAUGUUUGUAAUAUAAUUAGUCUUUUAAUGGGUAAAUUUGUUGUUGGGGAAAAUAUUGAUUGAGCUUAAUACUAACGAUAUAAUGUAAAUAUCAAUUGGAUAUGAGAUUUGGUUCAGCCUUAAACAAAAAACACGAGUUGUGGAAAAAAAGCUCACAUCAUGUAUGAUUGCUACUUCUUGUCGGAGUCAUAUAUUUCAUAUUGCAUAGGAGUAAGGAAGCUACACCAGUUUCCCGGGGUCUAAAGAAUUUUUAGGUAAAAUGACCAAAAUUAGCAAAAAUUUGUAUUCUAAUCUGAGGAAGGAUUUUUUAUGAAUUUUAAAACUUUUCCUAAAUAAAGAAUAUAACAACUGGUUAACAGUUUAUCACGUAUCGUGCCUUGAUUAAACGCCUCGAACCUUGCUUGAAUGAUUCACUUUUUCCCAUGAUACUACCAGAUCAGAUGUAAAUAUUAUUCAAAAAACGCUAGUGACACUCUCGUGCAUAUUAGUUAUUAUCACCUUCAAUAUAAUAUAUUUCUCCCUUAUCCUACAAUGCUUCUUCCUAAUCUUACACUGCUCUAAACAGCACUGGAAGCCUUUCUCUGUCAGGUCCACCAAGACAGCUCCUGCUUUCUUUUUCACUGUUUCACACAUUUUCACAGAUUUCAACAGAUUCACAUAUUUUAUUUAAUUAAUUUUUUAAUGCUAAUUUCAUCUUAGGGAAUGAUCUAACAAUGGGCUGCUGUAGUUGGCGUAGAACCUCUUGACAAAUAAUACGGAAUGAGUCUGUGCAUUGUGUUUGUUGUUAAUCUAUGACUUUGUUCCCAUAAUUAAAGAAGUUUAUUUUUUCUUUUUGUUUCCAGUUACUUUGAAUUAUUUUCUACUUCGAACAUAUUGCGCUGUAGGUCAAGUUCCAUUGCAUUGAUUGGCGUUUAGUUUUAGAACUCUAAGUAAAAAUCAACAUUUUCUCACAUUAUAUCGUUUUCAGUGAAUUUCGAUCAGUUUCGGUGGCAUACAAAAUCAAAACAAACAUGAGAAAUAUGCGGGUUUUCCACUAAACGGACAAAACAAAAAAAACACAAACUCGUGUCGAAUAAUACAAAACUGCAACCUUUCGCAAACCGUUUAAAGACUGGUGUGUUUUGAAACAGUUUUGUUUUUAAAUCCCGUUCGUAAGUGGUAACAUCAAAGGGUUUAGGUGUGUUUUAAAACUCGAGUCUGUGUAGUGAAAACGGCCAUGUUGUGUUUAUUAUUGUCGUCUUACUAGUUUGUAUACGAAUUUUGUACUAAAUUAGUUCUUUUGGCUCGGAUAUUUUCUCAACAUCACUCACACGUUUUAGUGGAACUUAAUAGAUUAUUUCUGAAGGUGGUAAAGUAGCAAAAAGCAGUGGACUGCUGAAUAGAUAUGUACCUUAAUAGAAGCCUUCCGGAAACAUAGACAUUUGUGGUACUCUAAGGACGGCAACUAUAAAAAUAAGAUUUAAAAAAUGGAUUCUUACAAAGAAAUUGUCCAAUUGUUUGACAACAACUGCAUAGAAAUUGAAAGAAAAAUUAAAACCUAUUUCACAAUAUCAACGGUGAAGAAGUAAGUAUAAAAAAUUAAGAAAUCUGGCGCAAAACAGAAUUUUACACCCAAGUGGUUUGGUCAUAAUGGAAUGAAUUGUAUGCAUAAGAAAAAUCCCUUUUUCCAAGGAAUUCAGUAUCGACCAGACACAUCCAAGAAUAAAAAACCUUCUCUAAACAUGUUGAUAUGUUAUUGAAGCAAAAAGAAUACUUGGGCUUCCUCAUGAAAAACAGUAGGAAGGGCCGACAAAAACAAAACUGGAACAAAAUGUAGUUCGCUUAAUGAAAACGAGAGUUUUAGUUUUGUUUCAGUUUUGUUUUUGUUUUUCGAGUUCUAGAAAACACAAAUAAAACAUAAACUCAAAACUGUCCUUGUAGUGGAAAAUCGCCAUUACGCAUUCCUUGCCAAUUCCCACAUUUUCAGCAAUUACACGAACACCUAACCGACUAUCAGAUUUCUAUUAAAAAUUUUUUGGUACGGUACAUCGGGGCAGGGCCCACUUAUGAGCCCUUCAGAUACUUAGCCCUCCUACGACGGAUGCUACGGCCUCCAUUGUAUCACCCCUAUCUUACGGACCAGAUCCUGGGCGAACCUGGCCUUCGGCCUUUCUGCUCAUAAUAUGUCACGUCAGAAUCAGCAGGGGCUGCAAUUCUGAGCUCCUGCCGAUGCCGCCCCGAACGUUAAUCCUUCAGCAACCUUAUGGCCUCACAGGAAGCCACAAGUUUUUUCAACGGUAACUAGAGAUGUUGAAAAAGUAUCUAUUCGUUACAAAGUACUCGUUACUUACGAAUACCGAAAGUAACGAUUACUAUAGAGAGAGUCAAAUCGUUACUUUGAUUACUCUGAUUACUUCGCACCAAUCGUAUCAGAGCGAGUAACGACUAUUGUAUCUACUUUGAUUACUCUGAUUACUUUGUUACUUCGUGCCAAGCGUAUCAGAGCGAGUAACGACUAUAGGGCUUUUCAUUCACAGUCAUUUGUUUCGAUCUCCUGUCAUAUGUUGUAUAAUCUGUGUAUAAUAUUAAUAUACACGAAUUUUACGACAUAUGACAGAAGCUCGAAACAAAUGACUGUGAAUGAAAAGCCCUAUUGUAUCUACUUUGAUUACUCUGAUUACUUCGUACCGAUUGUAUCAGAGCGAGUAACGACUAUUGUAUCUACAACCGGUACACUUGAUUACUUUUUACCAAUCGUAUCCCAGCGAGUAACGGACGGGACCGGUAUUUUACAAGUGUUAUCGAAUAUCGUUAUCGGUAUGAAGCGUUUUGAUGGUGUGAGAGUGAGGAGAAGGUAGAAGAUGAAAUAGAGGGAGGUAUAAUGGUAUACGUAAAAAUGUAAUGUAUGUCAUUAACAAAGAUCGAAUGCUAGAACAUUAUAUUUUUAUCUAGAUCUACGCCAUUUGCCGAUGUAGAUUAUAUAGUAGAUCUUGUUAUAUCGGAAUACCUAUACAAAAUACCUACCUACUGAGAAAUGCGAUUCUCGAUAUGAUUACCGCUACUCAAAUACAAAAGUAAUCAUAGUAAUCAAAGUGACGAAUACUGUAAAUGAUUACUUUAUACAAAAGUAACGAUUUGUAACGAAUACUCGAAAGUAUUUAUAAUCAACAUCACUAACGGUAACUCCCUCACCUGGCUCGGCUGCAUAAAGGCCGAUCCCAGGAUCUGCCACCUCUGAUAGUCCAAUGCCGGACACUUCCAGAGGACAUGUGAGGAGGUUUCAUCCUCCUCAUCACAUAGACGGCAUCGUGAGCCAUCCGCCAAUCCAAGCAGAUGAAGGUGCCGUCGGUGUCUACAGUGGUCGGUGAGAGCAUAUUGACCACCAGGGAGCAUCUUCUACGGCCUAGAAGAAGUUGGGCUGUGAGAUUUUUGGAUGGUCCCACUAUGUGGAGUCUAGCCUGUUUCAAACCUCCACAACUAGCUCAGAAGUCCUGGAACCUCCACAGAAAAAGCUCCUUGAGAUUACCCCGACCAGUACUGAAGGGUACCCCAAUUACAGGUUCGGGUCCCACAGGGAGAGUGGAUCAGUCCCGUCUUGCCAAAGCGUCAUCGUCAGCCCGUUCGUUUCUCUCUCCACCUGGGUGAUCCGGUAGGUAACUCUGUUGUGACAGCAACACCAUACAGUUGUUGCUCUCUUGCACUCAAGAACCAGCUUAGAGCUGACUUGUGCGCUUCCAAAGCCCUCAGGUAUUGUUAUAUUUUUGACGUUGAUGGGAUUUAAUCUUUUGUGACGUCUUUUCGGCCUAUCUUGAAAAAGCUUAAACCACUCAAAAGAAAUAGGUUCGUGUAUUAAACUUUAUUUCCUGCACAUUUCUUUCAUUAAGUUAUAAAUUUCAGUGGUUUGAUGGUAUGUUUUGCAUGUUUCUUAUCACAAUCCGUUGCUGCAUUCUUGCCCUUAACGUUUUUCCUGCGAUUGGAAUGAAGGGUGCGUCUAUUCGGGCUUGUUUAUGGAAGCGAGCUUUUGAUGUUUUUAAUAAAGCUCAUAAAUCUUUUUAUAGACCCUUUUUAGCUCAUGAAGUUUUUUCAUUGUGUAAAAAUCGAUUUACAAAUUUGGUAUACGAUUUUACAUUCAUUAUUCUCUCUAACAGCAAAACUUAGUAACUAAUAAUUAGAUUAUUAGGGACACCAAUAUUGUAAUAGAUGGGAAAUCAGGAUAUUAUUUAUAUGAAACGUAUGAAGGUAAAUUAUUGAAGUGUAAUUUAUAAUUUAGCACAAGUUUUAUUUAUUGUUAUGAACGUUUUUGAUUUUUUUGCUAUUCAUAUUAUAUUUAUAUAAAUUAUACAUUUGGUUUUUGUUUGAAAGAUGUGUAAUUGUUGUUGUUUUUAUUUAAUGCUAACGGUAUGAUCUGAAUGUGUUUUAAAAUCGCUCUCAACGCAAACACGAAUAUAUUUUUACAUAAUAACCAAUUAACAUCAUGUACUGGUUCGCUUUUGAACAUUAUUAAAUUAAAAUGUAUUAGUAAAA